AUGGGAAACUCAUAUGCUAAAAAACGUGAAGCUCAAUUUUCCAGAAAAGCUGAUAGGAGAAGCUCCUCCGACGACAUAAGCAGCGGAACCAUGUCAUCGCAAACACCGGAGCCAAGGCGAGCGCCACCACCCAUGUCUUUCAAGAUGCAUGAUGGUUCAGGGAAGAGCUCUUUGGGGGACACAAAGAUAUCUACAAAGAAGAAGUAUGCUCUAAUUCCUGAUAACUUCACUACCCUUCAACAGGUUACAAGUGCCUUGAGGAAAGAAGGCUUAGAAUCAUCAAAUCUUGUCCUUGGAAUUGAUUUCACAAAAAGCAAUGAAUGGACUGGAAGAAUCUCAUUCAAUAAUAGAAGCCUGCAUGCUAUUGGAGAUACACCUAACCCCUAUGAGAAAGCCAUCUCUAUUAUUGGCAAGACUUUGGCACCCUUUGAUGAUGACAAUUUGAUUCCUUGUUUUGGAUUUGGUGAUGCUACCACUCAUGAUCACGAAGUGUUUAGCUUUCACAGUGAUCAUUCAUCUUGCCAUGGUUUUGAGGAAGUUUUGUCUUGCUACCAAAAAAUCGUUCCGAACUUGAGACUUUCAGGACCAACUUCUUAUGCUCCAGUGAUUGAGGCUGCGAUAGACAUAGUUGAGAAAACUGGUGGCCAAUUCCAUGUCUUGGUUAUUAUUGCAGAUGGCCAGGUUACAAGAAGUGUCAACACUGAUGAUGGAGAACUCAGUCCUCAAGAAGAGAGAACAAUCAAAGCAAUCGUUGAUGCAAGUUCAUAUCCACUUUCUAUUAUUCUGAUUGGAGUUGGUGAUGGACCUUGGGAAGACAUGAAAAAGUUUGAUGACAAGAUACCUGCACGCAAUUUUGAUAAUUUUCAGUUUGUUAACUUCACUGACAUAAUGUCUAAGAGCGCAAGCUCUUCUGAGAAAGAAGCUGCUUUUGCUCUGGCUGCUCUAAUGGAGAUACCUUUCCAAUAUAAAGCUAACAUUGAACUUGGAAUACUUGGUCAUCAAACGGGAAGGGCAAGGAAAAUAGUUCCAAGACCUCCUCCAGUUCCUUAUUCUCGGCCUGUGCCUCCAGCUCAUGUUCUGAGCACAAUGCCAGCAUCCAUGAUGGAAGAUGAGCGAAACCAAAUGGUCUGCGCUAUUUGUCUAACCAAUGGAAAGGAUUUAGCCUUUGGAUGUGGUCACAUGACUUGCAGAGAUUGUGGAUCCAGAAUAAGCAAUUGUCCCAUAUGCAGAGAGAGGAUCACUAGCCGUCUUAGGGUGUUUACUGGCUGAUUACAGGAUGGAAAAUGAUGAUGUCCAAAUGUAUAAUUUUCCUAAGAAGAAAACUGUCUCAUGUGAGUUUGAUGAUGUGGCUUCUAAGAGUGCUGAAGAAUUGCCAUGGAUUUGCAUAAAAAAAGAUAGCUUGGCUCUGUAGGGAUGGUUUAAGAGUGGAGAAAAUUGUACAUAGAUUUGUAAGUUGUUCAAUUGGUUCAUGCCCCAGAUGUUUUUUUAACUUAGAAGUUAAUUUCAAUCGCUUGCUGUACAAUGUACAUACUGUUUAUAAGUGAUUCUUCUGUUAAAACUUUGUCCGAGAUUUAAGGAUAUUGUGUAAGAUAUCCCU